GUGACCCUGAGACUAGUGUAAGGAGAGAAGGAUCAGAGGUGACCCUGAGACCAGUGUAAGGAGGGAAGGACCAGAGGUGACCCUGAGACCAGUGUAAGGAGAGAAGGACCAGAGUUGACCCUGAGACCAGUGUAAAGAGGGAAGGACCAGAGGUGACCCUGAGACCAGUGUAAGCAGAGGACCAGAGGUGACCCUCAUACCAGUGUAAGCAGAGGACCAGAGGUGACCUGCAGGCUGAUGAAGGAACAUCUUCUAAGAUCUGAACAAAACAAUGCUUCUGCCAGGAAUGCUCAGAUCAUUUAGGUUAUGGAGAGAGGGCCCUCCCCUUAUCACUUAAGAAGCAGAAGAGUCGCUGGGGCCCCCAGGUCACUAAUCCCCAGCCGCUUUGGCCGGUUGUCCGGGGCCUCAUUUGCCUCCAGUUCUGGUUCUGCGGUGCCAUCUGAUAUAUAUGGCAAUUCAGGAGAUAAUGUACCCACCCCUGUUUCACACCCAUAUACAAAGGACCAACAUAAUGAGGGUACACGGUUCACUAAUGCUCCAAAUGACCCCCCUGUGGUCCCUCUGGACAAUACCCCCCUGACUGCAGCAGUGAAAUCACCGCAACUUGUGAGACGAAAGAACAACUCUGCGUCAAUAAAGAGACAAAGCACAGCUGUGCCACAGUCACCUACCCUCAUAAAACCCCCAACAUGGAGCAGAGCAGGUCACACACCAAAGGUGUCAAUGGAAAAUCUACAACCAAAAGACAUGACACCCACCCUGCAGCUUCCCCCAACUAGAAAUUCUACCCAAUCGCUGUCCAGUUCUUUGAAACGUGGAGCAAUGUGGUCAAUGCUUCCCUUGGUCAGUCAAGCCAUGGGAAAGUCUGUCAUGGAGGGUCCAAGUGAGAUGCCCAGGGGGAAGUACACAAGUCAUCGAUGGAGUGGCAAGGGCACCGUAUCAACAGCAGGGAAACUAGGGAAAUGUGCAAGUUCACCCAUACUUGUCCGCACACUUUCCGAGGGGGUCUCUUUUUCUACCCUUGACCUACGGACAUUUCCCUCAGAAAUAACCAACAUGUUGGAUGAUCUGGGGCCACCAGACAAUAACCCAGAAAAAGUCAUGUCCGAGAUGGUUCCAGAAACCCGUCCCAAACCGGUGGUGCCCAUGAAGCCAGUGGGAAUGAGUCCCAACCUCUUGGGCUACAUUGGUAUUGACACAAUUAUUGAGCAAAUGCGCAAGAAAACCAUGAAAACUGGCUUUGACUUUAACAUCAUGGUAGUAGGACAGAGUGGACUGGGAAAGUCUACUCUGGUCAACACUCUCUUCAAGUCCCAAGUGAGCCGGAAAUCAGCUGGAUGGAGUCGUGAUGACAAAAUCCCAAAGACGGUGGAGAUCAAGUCUAUCAGCCAUGUGAUUGAAGAAGGGGGAGUGAAAAUGAAGCUGACGGUUAUUGACACCCCUGGCUUUGGAGACCAAAUUAAUAAUGAGAACUGCUGGGAACCUAUUGAGAAGUUCAUUAAUGAGCAGUAUGAGAAGUUUCUAAAGGAAGAAGUCAAUAUAUCCAGGAAGAAGAGGAUCCCAGACACUCGUGUCCACUGCUGUCUCUACUUCAUCUCCCCAACAGGACACUCGCUGCGACCAUUGGACCUGGAAUUUAUGAAGCAUCUAAGUAAGGUUGUCAAUAUCAUACCAGUCAUAGCCAAAGCUGAUACUAUGACCCUGGAGGAGAAGAUUGAGUUCAAACAGCGGGUUCGGAAGGAGCUAGAGAUGAAUGGAAUAGAGUUCUAUCCCCAAAAAGAGUUUGAUGAUGACUUAGAAGAUAAGACAGAGAAUGAUAAAAUCCGGCAGGAAAGUAUGCCCUUUGCUGUGGUAGGAAGUGACAAGGAAUAUCAGGUGAAUGGAAAGCGAGUUUUAGGCCGUAAAACUCCAUGGGGAAUAGUUGAAGUUGAGAACCUGUCACACUGUGAGUUUUCUCUGCUGAGGGACUUUGUUAUACGGACACAUCUACAGGACCUAAAGGAGGUGACACACAACAUUCACUAUGAAACCUACCGGGCCAAGAGGCUGAACGAGAACGGGGGCCUCCCCCCAGUCAGCGCCGACACAGAGGAAAUACACGACAGCAACAUAUGAGCUUUACAUGGACCCUCACAGUUGUCUAUUGUCACAAACAAAGCCACUUCAAUUAACUUCUGCCGGGAUCAUCAUUGUCCCUGGUACAACCUAAGUGUGUCUUCACGUCGUACUAGUCUAGCUUUACUACACAACCUGAUCCUGGUAGCUUUAGUUGGGGAAUAUUGUAAUAUUUAAUGCACUUUUGUUGUUUAACGUUGUGGUUUCCUGGUUGAGGCCCCACUUGUAACCCUCAUUGCACCUUAACUGGUCUUUCCAUGAGUAUCCAGGGAUGUCCAGAGAUCUUUUCCCAUUAGGGGUCCCUGAGCUCUCAGAGUUUGUCCUUUAUUUAGAGAGAUGGAUCCAGUGAGACACAAAAUUAUAUACAUUCCAGGUUCCAUUCCUUCCCUACCUCUGUAUGAGAUGAGCCAUUGAUUUACUGCAUGAGAGGAUGUGUCACUUGAGAAGACAUCACUCCCCUAAAGCCCAACAGAAACAUCUCCCCUGAUGAGUCGCAUAGAAGUGAGACCUAAAUGAUGACGGCCCGAGAGUACACCUGGCAGAGGCGUAGAACAUUGCUCAGCGAUAUCAUCUGAUUUUACACCAGCUUUAACGUACAUCUUCUGCAUUGUUGUUAGAUAUCCUAAGCCAAGAACUUCCUAAUCUGCAACUGUGGAAUAUACAAAUAAUAAUAACAACCUCUCCAAAAGGUACAUCCUGCCAUGGGCGAGAGGCAAAAAUGGAGCUUGUGGGUUUUCUUUUGUAUAAGGAUACAGACCUGUCUUAGGAUACUGUUUUAUAGAGAUGACUUCUCUUGUAUAUGGAUACAGACCUGGCUUAGGAUACUGUUUUAUAGAGAUAACUUCUCUUGUGGGUUAUAUGACAUCCAGGGCUGCUUGGUCUCUCACCAGCCAGAUAUUCUUCUGACUCCACAACUAUGAAGCCAUCAACAUGCGCACAGGCUGACCCUGUAGCGCAAGAAGUCUGCACUUUAUGGUGCACUUGUCUGUAUGUAAUGGGUCUGGUUAAACAUGGAUGAAGUUCCUACAAGGUGAUACCGUGAUGUCGGAUGGUAUCAGGCGUGUACAGACAUCAGUGAAUGAGGGAACAAGGCUUAUGUAAGCCCUGUGGCACUACUGGAAAUAGACAUUAUUUUUAUUUAGACCCUUGUAAGACAAAAAAGGUCAUUGUAUAAUUAUCCAAACAACAAGUGUAUGUGCCCACGGACUUUGUGAUGCCAACACUUUACUCUUACAUGUAGUCACAUACUAACAUGACAUAACAGAUAAUAAUCCCACAUAUAGGUCACAAUUCUCUAAAGCUCUACAGUCUGGUGUGAUUAUCUAAGAAGUCUCAGCAGGACUGUGAAGUCCCUCAAAGAAUGUUAGAGCUGUUUAUCUCACUAAGCAGAUUCUGGGUGUGAAGGAGAGACCUACAUUACAAUAUAAUUCUCAAAAACCCAAAGAUUUUGCGUGAUUUGUGUGCCAGAGGAUGUUGAAAAUUGGGCAUUAGUCUCUUUUUCUCUAAAUAUCACACACUACAUACACACAUUAUACAUAUAUACAUGUUACAUGCACAAGGGGUACAUACACACACUACAUACAACAUGUUACAUACACACAGUGUACAUACACACACUACAUACACACAGACUACAUACAUGUUACAUACACACAGACUACAUACAUGUUACAUACACACACACUACAUACAUGUUACAUACACACACACUACAUACAUGUUACAUACACACACACUACAUACAUGUUACAUACACACACACUACAUGCAAACAUGUCACAUACACACACAGACUACAUACAUGUUACAUGCACACAGUGUACAUACACAUAGACUACAUACAUGUUACAUACACACAGACUACAUACAAACAUGUUACAUACACACACUACAUACAUGUUACAUACACACAGACUACAUACAUGUUACAUACACACAGACUACAUACUAACAUGUUACAUACACACAGAGACUACAUACAUGUUACAUGCACAGUGUACAUACACAGACUACAUACAAACAUGUUACAUACACACAGUGUACAUACACACAAACUAUAUACAUGUUACAUGCACAUGGGAUACACACACAAAGACUACAGGCAUGUUACAUGCACACUGGAUACAUACACACAGACUACAUACACACAUGUUACAUGCACACAUAGUACAUACACACAGGCUACAUACAUGUUACAUGCACAAGGGGUACAUACACAAAGACUACAUACAUGUUACAUGCACACAGGAUACAUACAAACAGACUACAUACAUACAUGUUACAUGAACACAGAGUACAUACGCACUGACUACAUACAUGUUACAUGCACAAGGGGUAAAUACACACAGACUGCAUACAUUAUACAUGCACAUGGGGUACAUACACACAGACUAUAUACAUGUUACAUACACACAGGGCACAUACAGACAGGGUACAUACACACAGACUACAUACAUGUUACAUACACACAUACUAUAUACAAACAUGUUACAUACACACAUACUACAUACAUGUUACAUACACACAGACUACAUACAAACAUGUUACAUACCCACAGACUACAUACAUGUUACAUACACACAUGUUACAUACACACAGACUACAUACAUGUUACAUACAUACAGGACACAUACACACAGACUACAUACAUGUUAAAUACACACAGACUACAUACAUAUUACAUAUAUACAGGGUACACACAGACUGCAUACAUGUUACAUACAUACAGGGUACAUACACAUGGACUACAUACAUGUUACAUACACACAGGGUACAUUCAUACAGGCUACAUACAUGUUACAUACACACAGACUACAUACAUAUUACAUACAUACAGGGCACACAAAGACUGCAUACAUGUUACAUACAUACAGGGCACAUGCACACAGACUACAUGCAUGUUACAUACACACAGGCUACAUACAUAUUACAUACAUACAUACAGGGUACACACAGACUACAUACAUGUUACAUACACACAGACUACAUACAUAUUACAUACACACAGACUACAUACACACAGACUACAUACAUGUUACAUACAUACAGGGCACAUACACACAGAUUACAAACAUGUUACACACCCACAGACUACAUACAUAUUACAUACAUACAGGAUACACACAGACUACAUACAUGUUACAUACAUACAGGGCACAUACACACAGCCUACAUACAUGUUACAUACACACAGGGUACAUACACACAGACUACAUACAUGUUACAGACACAUAGACUACAUACAUGUUAGAUACACAGAGUGUACAUACACACAGACUACAUACAUGUUAGAUACACACAGUGUACAUACACACAUACUACAUACAUGUUACAUACACACAGGGCACAUACACACAGACUACAUACAUGUUACAUAUAGGGUACACACAUAGACUACAUACAUGUUACACACAGGGUACAUACACACAGACUACAUACAUGUUACAUACAUAAUGGGUACAUACAUACUACUUACAUAUUACAUACACAGGGUACAUACAUACAUGUUACAUACACACAGUGUACAUACAUGUCACACACAUACAGGGUACAUACACACAGACUAGAUACAUGUUACAUACACACAGGGUACAUACAUACAUACAUGUCACAUACAUACAGGGUACAUACACAGACUACAUACAUGCUACAUAUACACUCAGACUACAUACAUGUUACAUACACACAGGGUACAUACACACAGACUACAUACAUGUUACAUAAUACAGGGUACAUACACACAGACUACAUACAUGUUACAUACACACAGGCUACAUAAAUGUUACAUACACACAGGGUACAUACACACAGACUACAUACAUGUUACAUACAUACAUACAGGGCACAUGCACACAGACUACAUACAUGUUACAUACACACAGGCUACAUACAUAUUACAUACAUACAGGGUACGCACAGACUACAUACAUGUUAGAUACACACAGUGUACAUACACACAGACUACAUACAUGUUAGAUACACACAGGGCACAUACACACAGACUACAUACAUGUUACAUACACACAUACUACAUACAUGUUACACACAGGGUACAUACACACAGACAACAUACAUGUUACAUACAUACAGGGUACAUACAUACAUACUACUUACAUAUUACAUACACAGGGUACAUACAUACAUACAUGUUACAUACACACAGUCUACAUACAUGUCACAUACAUACAGGGUACAUACACACAGACUAGAUACAUGUUACAUACACACAGGGUACAUACAUACAUGUUACAUACAUACAGGGUACAUACACAGACGACAUACAUGUUACAUACAUACAGGGCACAUACACACAGAUUACAUACAUGUUACAUACACACAGACUACAUAUAUGUGACAUACAUACAGGGUACAUACACAUAAAUUACAUACACACAGACUACAUACAUGUUACACACAGACUAUAUACAAAUAUGUGACAUACACACAGACUACAUACAUGUUACAUACAUACAUGUUACAAACACACAGACUACAUACAUGUUACAUACACACAGGGUACAUGCACACAGACUAAAUACAUGCUACAUACACACAGGGUACAUACAUAUUAUGUACAUACAGGGUACAUACACACAGACUACAUACAUGUUACAUACACACAGGGUACAUACACAUAGACUACAUACAUGUUACAUACACACAGGGUACAUACAUAUUACAUAUAUACAGGGUACACACAGACUACAUACAUGUUACAUACAUACAGGGUACAUACACACAGACUACAUAUAUGUAACAUACACACAGACUACAUACAUGUUACAUACACACAGGGUACAUUCAUACAGGCUACAUACAUGUUACAUACACACAGGGUACAUACAGGGUACACACAGACUACAUACAUGUUACAUACAUACAGGGCACAUACACUCAGACUACAUACAUGUUACAUACACACAGGGUACAUACACACAGACUACAUACAUGUUACAUACAUACAUGGUACAUACACACAGACUUCCUACAUGUUACAUACACACAGACUACAUACAUGUUACAUACACACAGGGUACUUACACACAGACUACAUACGUGUUACAUACACACAUGGUACAUACACACAGACUACAUACAUGUUACAGACACAAAGACUACAUACAUGUUAGAUACACACAGUGUACAUACAGACUACAUACAUGUUACAUACACACAGACUACAUACAUGUUACAUACACACAGUGUACAUACACACAGACUACAUACAUGUUACAUUCACACAGGCUACAUACAUAUUACAUACAUACAGGGUACACACAGACUACAUACAUGGUACAUACACACAUGGUACAUACACACAGAAUAGAUACAUGUUACAUACACACAGAGUACAUACAUAUUACAUACACACAGACUACAUACACACAUACUACAUACAUGUUACAUACAAACAGGGCACAUACACACAAACAACAUACAUGUUACACACAUACUACAUAUAUAUAUUACAUACAUACAGGGUACACACAGACUACAUACAUGUUACAUACAUACAGGGCACAUACACACAGACUACAUACAUGUUACAUACACACAUGGUACAUACACACAAACUACAUACAUGUUACAUACACACAGACUACAUACAUGUUAGAUACACACAGUGUACAUACACACAUACUACAUACAUGUUACAUACACACAGGGCACAUACACACAGACUACAUAAAUGUUACAUACACACAAGGUACAUACACAUAGACUACAUACAUGUUACAUACAGGGUACACACACAGAAUAUAUACAUGUUACACACAUGGUACAUACACACAGACUACAUACAUGUUACAUACAUACAGGGUACAUACACACAUACUACAUACAUAUUACAUACACAGGGUACAUACAUACAUACAUACAUGCAUGUUACAUACACACAUACUACAUACAUGUUACAUACAUACAUGGUACAUACACACAGACUAGAUACAUGUUACAUACACACAGGGUACAUACAUACAUGCAUGCAUACAUACAUGUUACAUACAUACAGGGUACAUGCACAGGCUACAUACAUGUUACAUACAUACAGGGCACAUACACACAGAUUGAAUACAUGUUAUAUACACACAGACUGCAGAUAUGUGACAUACAUACAGGGUACAUACACACAAAUUACAUACACACAUACUACAUACAUAUUACAUACACAGGGUACAUAUAUACAUGUUACAUACACACAUACUACAUACAUGUUACAUACAUACAGGGUACAUACACACAGACUAGAUACAUGUUACAUACACACAGGGUACAUACAUACAUACAUGUUACAUACAUGUUACAUACAUACAGGGUACAUGCACAUACUACAUACAUGUUACAUACAUACAGGGCACAUACACACAAAUUAAGUACAUACAAACACUGUACUUUCAGACAUUCAGCCUCACUAAGUGUAAGUCCUGUUACCUUUACCCUUCUGUGUAUCAGGUUCUGAACACAUGUAACAAUACAAUGUCCUAUAACAGUUUAUACGUAAUUAUUAACAAGCAUGUGGGACUGUGUACGGCUUAUCUACAGCCCCAAUAACUGACUCCUUUUCUCUAUUGUUAACAGUGAGGGCAUUAUAUGGCAGAGUACUCAUAUCAUGCAAUAAUAAUAAUGCACUUGGUUUUUAAGUAAGAUUUUAAAGUGCCAUAAAACAGGUUGAGAUCUGUGCAUAUCCUAAAAAAAUUGUUUAAAAAUUGUUGGGAAGUAUUUUAAAAUAAUUUUCAAAAAUAAGCAAAAAUACUUAAAAUUGCCAUGCUGCCUGGACACUGUGCUCCACCCCCCUUAUCAGUAUUUAGUUCACAGCUUCUAGGCAGCUCCAGCACAUAAUCCCUGUGCACUUUUGCAUUUUACCAAAACUACAAUGGAUAUAGCUACAGCCAUAAAAGGAAUUGUGUGGCGGGAGUUAGAGCUGUACAAUUCAGAAACUUAAAAGAAAGGGUUAAUGGCGAGGCACUGCAGUAUACAUUUGCAAGUAAAGUAAUUAAUGUACAUAUUAUUAUAUUUUGGCUCCAUCUCAACUUGUUUUAAGUCCCUUUAAUGUCUUCUGAGUUAUCCCGUACGGAGCAGCACACGCGUGUUCUUGAUGUAAUGUCAGAUGAGGCAUGUUCAGUAAACUCUGUGUCCAUCGUCA